UCAUUGCCUUUUGUGAGACGAGGGUGGCGAUCAAGCGUUUAAAUUACAUCAAGCAAGCGAGGAAGAAGGAAUUCCUAACGGAGGUUAAGACAACCGGGAACACCCACCACUUCAACUUGGUGAAACUGGUCGGGUUUUGCGCGGAGAGAGAACCCCACAGGCUUCUGGUUUACGAGCACAUGGUCAACAACUCGCUCGACAAGUGGAUAUUCCGGGACAAAAACCAGAAUCAUUCGCUACCAUGGGGCAUUCGAAAGAAGAUAAUCCUCCACAUUGCGAAGGGCCUCUCGUACUUGCACGAGGAUUGCCAGAGCAAGAUCAUUCACCUCGACAUCAAGCCUCAGAACAUCCUCUUGGACCGCGAGUUCAAUGCCAAGUUGGCGGAUUUUGGCCUGGCGAAGCUGAUGGAGAGAGAGGAGAGCUUUGCGGCCACGCAAAUGAGGGGAACCCGCGGGUACCUUGCCCCCGAGUGGCUGAGCAAGAAGAUAACCGAGAAGGUAGACGUUUACAGCUACGGGAUCGUCGUGCUAGAGGUCGUGUUCCAGAGGAGGAAUUUCGACGCUCAGUGCCAAGAAAAUCCGACCCUUGUAGAGAUCGUCGCGGAGAAGAUGGAGGAGGAGGGGGAACGCUUGUUCGGUGGGGUCCACGAAUGGUUUGGCAACGACGAGGAGAUCACGGGCAACGAGGAGGAGGUGGGGAAGACAAUCAAGCUCGCGAUUUGGUGCCUCCAGAGCGAGCCAACGAGGAGGCCAUCCAUGUCCACAGUUGUCAAGGUUUUGGAAGGGGCAACACCAUCUCCUUCUUCAUCAUUGGAGCCUAGGUUUGACUCCACUUGUAAAUAUUCACCUAUGGGGACAGCCACUUCAGGAGAGUUUAGCUCAAAUGCCACAUUUGAAAUGUCUUCAAUGCCAUAUCCAAGGUGAUCAAGGACCAUGAGAAACAUGCAUCUUGCAAACGUAAAACACUACUUGCCUUGUGCUUCCUUCAACCUAUAAAAUGUGAUGUGAAGAUUUUGUAGAGCACACAUGUGGAGCAGCGGCUGUUUCAUUUUUCAAAAAGAGUUGUUUAGUGAAAUAAUCAUGCUUCAGUUAAAAACUUCUGAAAAACUCUCACCAAAAGAGUUGAUUAGUGGAAUAAUCAUAUUUCAGUUAA